UGCGAGAAAGCCAGGCCCAGAGGAGUGGCUCCACGGCUCUGCCUGUGGUAGGAGUUUCUGUCCUGCAGGGGGACGACAGGGCUUUUGCAGGCGAGCCCAGACGGCUGCUGUGCUGGGACAGGCACGGUUCAGAUCACAGCACUGGUCAUUCAGCUGCACAUUCAAACCCCCUCUCAGAAGGCCUGGCCAGGGAGUUACUGGCAAGGCUGCUAUAACCCAGGUGAAUAUGAAAGGGAGGGAAGGAUUGAACGCAGGCUGGAGCCAGGAGCAGCGGGAACAGAUCCGGGGACGUUGGCCCAGAGAUGAGGCUGCUGUGGACUCUCCCAACCCUCUGGCUGUUGGCAGCAGAGGAUCUCUCUGCCCGCAGGGCCCGGACCCGCAGAGAGCUGGCACCGGGCUUGCAUGAGCGGGGGAUCCGUGACGCCGGCGGCUCGUACUGUGAGAGGAAUGAUGCCUGCUGCCCCGGCAGGGACGACGCCUGCACCGUGCCCUACCUGGAUACCAUCUGCUACUGCGACCUUUUCUGCAACCGCACGGUCUCUGACUGCUGCCCUGACUUCUGGGAGUACUGCCUGGGCAUCCCGCCCCCCGUGGCUGUGCACAAAGGUUGUGAUCGUGGUGGGCACAAGUACCCAACCGGAGCCACCUACAGAGAAAACUGCAACCUCUGCACCUGCAGCGGGAACGGGCAGUGGGACUGCGAGCAGCACGCCUGCCUCAUCGAUGGCGAGAUGAUUGAUGCCAUCAACAGAGGGAAUUAUGGCUGGAGAGCCGCCAACUACAGCCAUUUCUGGGGGAUGACGCUGGACGAAGGGAUCCGCUACCGGCUGGGGACCAUCAAACCACCCCCCAUGGUCAUGCACAUGAAUGAGCUGCAGAUGAGCAUGGACACCAACGAGCAGCUCCCCAGCCAUUUCAACGCCGCUGACAAGUGGCCCGGGUUGGUCCUCGAGCCCCUGGACCAGGGCAAUUGUGCCGGCUCCUGGGCUUUCUCCACGGCAGCGGUGGCAUCGGACAGGAUCUCCAUCCAUUCCAUGGGGCACAUGACGCCCGCCCUGUCCCCCCAGAACCUGAUCUCGUGCGACACCCGGAACCAGCAGGGCUGCAGCGGGGGCCGGGUCGACCGGGCCUGGUGGUAUCUGCGCAGGAGAGGGGUGGUGACUGACAGCUGCUACCCCUUCACCAGCCGGGAGAAGGACAGCGCCCCCGCAGGCCGGCCCUGCAUGAUGCAAAGUCGCUCCACGGGCAGAGGGAAGAGACAAGCCACCCAGCGGUGCCCUAACCCCCAGACCCACUCUAACGAGAUCUACCAGUCGACCCCCGCCUACCGCCUCUCCUCCAGCGAGAAGGAGAUCAUGAAGGAGCUGAUGGAGAAUGGGCCCGUGCAAGCCAUCAUGGAGGUUCACGAGGAUUUCUUUGUGUACAAGAGCGGAGUCUAUCGGCACACGCCGGUGAUGGCUGGGAAGCCGGAGCACCACCGGAGACACGGCACCCACUCAGUGAAAAUCACAGGGUGGGGAGAAGAGAGGACGCCCCAGGGGCAGACUCAGAAGUACUGGGUGGCUGCGAACUCCUGGGGCAAGCACUGGGGAGAGGGCGGCUACUUCCGCAUCGCCCGGGGUGCCAACGAGUGCGAGAUCGAGACCUUCGUGGUGGGCGUCUGGGGCCGCGUCAGCAUGGAGGACAUGCGGCGCCGGAAGUGA